AUGUCUGAUGAUAAUAAUAAUAAUAAUCCAAAAAAUGAAAAUAAUGAUGUGGUCAUUGUCAAAGGUCACACAAGACAUAGAUCUCAAGGAAAACAUUCUUCAAUUGAAAUAGAUGAUAAUAAUAGUAAUAAUGAUAAUAUAGAGUUGAAUGAGAUAAAAAAAGAGGAUGAAGAACAAAACAAACAUAGAAGUGAAUCAUUAACUACAACUAUAACAAGAGAAGAUGGUGAAGAAGAGGUAACCAUAAGAGAUGACGAUAGUGAAAUAGAUAGGUCAUCCAAAGAAGAAGAAGGAGAAGAUUCAUAUUCAAAGAUGAUUAAACUUAGGCAUUGGUGGUGGUUUAAUGGUUAUUCGGUUCUAAUCGUUUUAAUAUUCAUUGGUAUUAAUCUUGCUGUUGCAAUUGAAAGGUUUUAUAGUACCUAUAAUUCAAAACAAUAUCAAUUAUUUGGAUUAUCUGUUUGUUUUGCUAGAUGUAGUGCUGCCAUUAUCAAUUUAAAUACAACUUUGAUUCUGUUACCAGUUCUUAGGAAUGUUGUAUCAUGGGUACGUGGUACUUGGGUAUCUGACUUUAUUCCAAUCGAUCGUCAUAUUUCAUUUCAUAAAUUAUGUGCUUUUGGUAUUAUAAUUGGUUCAAUUAUUCAUUGUGUAUCACAUUAUAAUAAUUUUAGAAUAUUAUUAAAUACAAGUAGAGAAGAAUUAAUUAUGAAUGGAUUAAAUGGACAAAUAUUGGAUUAUGCAACAAACAAGUAUUCAUUGUUUUAUAGAUCGGUACCUGGGUUGACUGGACAUUUGAUGAUCGUGGUUUUGGUUUUGAUUGUUACAUCGUCGAUUGAAAGAAUUAGGAGACCAAUGUUUGAAGUGUUUUAUUAUACCCAUCAUCUAUUUGCAGUUUAUUUUGUUUUGAUUUGUUUUCAUGGAAUAUCAAAACUAUUCCAGUAUCCUCAACAAUCCUAUUAUUGGGCAGCUCCACCAUUCUUUUUCUAUUUGGUUGAAAGAAUAUAUAGAAUUGUGUCUAGUGGUACGAGACCGGUACUCUUGCAUAUGGCCAAACAACAUCCGUCCAAAGUAUUGGAACUACGACUCAAAACAGAUAAACCUUUUAAAUAUAAUCCAGGUCAAUACCUCUAUUUAAAUUGUCCAUCCAUUGCAAAUCAUGAAUGGCAUCCAUUUACAAUCACCUCAUCUCCAGAUGAGCCUUUUAUCUCUGUUCAUAUUAAUAUUGUUGGAAAUUGGACAGGUAAAUUAUAUAAAUUAUUAAAUGCAAAUGAAAAGUUGGGAAUUGUUCAAAACGAUUUAAUGAAGGGACCGGAUGGUAAAGAUAUACUUAGAAUUGACGGACCAUUUGGAGCUUCAUGUGAAAAUGUAUUUAAAUAUCGUAUAGCAGUUUUAAUUGGUGCUGGUAUUGGUGCUACUCCAUUCUCUUCUAUUUUAAAACAUGUUAAAUAUCAACUUUUAAACAACAACAACAACAACAACAAUGACAAUAACAACUCUACUUCUGAAAAGAAAACGACAAUGGAAAAAGUUUACUUUUUUUGGAUAUCAAGAGAAAAGAAUAGUUUUGAAUGGUUUACGUAUAUGUUGAAUGAUGUUGAAAGGUCAUUGGAUGGAACAGUAGAAAUUCAUAGUUAUCUAACAGGAUCGAUUUCAAUAUCCGAUUGGAACGAUAUUGUAGAAAGUAUUUCUACUUUGGAUACUGAAUGUCAUUCUGAUUUUAUUACUGGCCUUCGUUCACAAACUUUAUUUGGUCGUCCCAAUUGGGAUACAAUCUUACAACAAUUAACUAAAAUUCAUGAGAAUAAUGAGAUUGGUUUAUUCUUUUGUGGACCAAGACCAAUGGAAGUGGAAAUUAAAAGAUAUUGUAGACAAUACAAUGGUAAAAGAAAUUGUCAUUUACAUUUUUACAAGGAACAUUUUUAA